AUGGCUCGUGGAAACGAAACUGCCUCCAAGAUCUUCUACAAGGGUAGCUCCGACGACUUCAUUGUCUUCGUGGACGACCUUGAGAUCCUCAAGAAGUGGAAGACCGACCGCAGCAUUCCCCUGACUGAAGUCCUGAACGGCUGGAAGAUUUUCCUGACUCACUCUCACGGAGCGCAGGGUGUCCUCGAUACCGCCAGCCAGAGCUCUCUCCAGAAUGAAUUCGGCACAACUAAGGAGGAAGAGUGCAUUGUCAAGAUCCUCGAAGGCGGCGAAUUCCAGGCCACCACGGCACGCGAGCGUGAGGGAAGCAAGAAUGACUCCAACGGCAGCCGCUAA